AUGGGCCAGUGCCACUGUCACAAGAAGCGCAAGGACAGCCAGGAGCUCACCGACGUGGAGAGGGCGAUCGAGAUCGUGAUCAACAACUUCCAGCGCUACGCGGUGAAGGGGCGGAAGGAGUGCCUGACCCCCAACGAGCUCAGGGAGCUGGUGGUGCAGCAGCUGCCCCACCUGUCGCAGCAUGUCUGCUCGCUGGAUGAGAAGAUCGAGUGCCUUGGGGACCCCGACGAGGCCAAACUGGAGUUCGGCGAGUACUGGGCCAUCAUCGGGGAGGCAGCCAAAGGCUGCCGGGUGAAGAAGUAA